CGGAGCGGGGCCGGAGGCAUGGUCUCCACCUAUCGGGUGGCCGUGCUGGGGGCGCGAGGCGUGGGCAAAAGCGCCAUCGUACGCCAGUUCCUUUACAACGAAUUCAGCGAGGUCUGCGUGCCCACCACCGCCCGCCGCCUCUACCUGCCCGCCGUCGUCAUGAACGGCCACGUGCACGACCUCCAGAUCCUAGACUUCCCGCCCAUCAGCGCCUUCCCUGUCAACACGCUGCAGGAGUGGGCAGAUGCCUGCUGCAGGGGACUCCGGAGUGUCCAUGCCUACAUCUUGGUCUACGACAUUUGCUGCUUUGACAGUUUCGAAUAUGUAAAGACCAUCCGACAGCAGAUCCUGGAGACAAGGGUGAUCGGGACCUCGGAGACACCCAUCAUCAUCGUGGGGAACAAGCGAGACUUGCAGCGGGGGCGCGUCAUCCCUCGCUGGAAUGUGUCUCACCUGGUCCGGAAGACGUGGAAGUGUGGCUACGUAGAGUGUUCGGCCAAGUACAACUGGCACAUCCUCCUGCUGUUCAGUGAGCUGCUCAAGAGUGUGGGCUGCGCCCGCUGCAAACAUGUGCACGCAGCUCUGCGCUUCCAGGGGGCCCUGCGCCGCAACCGCUGCACCAUCAUGUGACCUCCUCCUCUCCACCCUGGGGCCGGGGGGACCACACCAAGGUUGCUGCCCCUAACUGUGGGUGGCAGGGGCAGAGACAGGGAACAGAGCCAGCUGAGGGUGGCAGGGUGGGACAUUUGGCUUGCCCGGCUCUCCUUCUCCAAAGUGGCCAAUACAGGACCGAGAGCCAGGGCCCCUGUUGGAGGUGGUUGGAGGGUCCUCAGAGGUAGCUGGAAGGGGUGCUGAUGGAUUUGAGGAGGGGAUUCAAACCUGCAGUCCAGCACAGGCCUGACGCCCAUCCUGACACUCAAACACACUUACACUCCCCCCACCCCCAAAUACUCUGUCCUACCCUGGUAUGAGUCAGGGGGUAAGGGAAGUGUUUCAUAACUCUGCCUCUAUGGGAUCCCCAGUCCUUAGUCCCUCUCCACCAUAACAUUUGUCUUCCUGGGACAGCCAUACUCUGCAAUGUAGCCUAUAAACACUCCCCCUCCCAGAUUCUGCUGCCCUCUGGGAUUGGGGUCCAGGGUUGGAGGGGAACCCCCGCCCCUUGGUGAGUCCAUGCCACCUUGGCCUAAGGCUGUCACAUCUUGAGAAUCCAUCCCUGUCCACAGCCUUUCCACUCCAUUUCUUUCUGUCUGUCCCUCUUUCCUCCUAUGUAGAUGUCCACCUUCUGUCCAUCAUCAGUCCCCUGAAUUCUCGUUUUCCAUAGGGCUCUUGCUUCUUCCAUCUCCCUGCCUCAGGUCUGUGUGUGUCUGUGUGGUCAUCCCAAAGGCCCGUUCAGCACAGCACCAGAGGAGGUAAAGGGCAGAGAAACACAGAUAGCCUCCCUGGGACUAGGGUCAUGGGGUUGCAGUCCCAGGGCAGCAAGAAGGGAAGGGGGCAGAACCUCCAAAUGUGAUGCUGCCCCCUCCCUUCUCUCUCCAGGUAGACUUUUCCCACCCAGCAGCCUCCAGAGACACAACUCACCUACCUUCCAGCCUUAACUUGAUGGCCUGGUACCUGUCAGGUACUCCCUUC